AUGAAACACUUCGGAGGUGCACUCUUAGGCGUACAAGACCUUUAUGGCAUCUUCUCUGUGGUUAAGUACACAGAAGAAGGUUUGGAGAAUUCUGAAUGCUAUGUUCAUAAGCAUUUAAUGAGAAACAGGAGGCUUGAGCCGGACUCAGCCUGCACUCCUGUGUACUCCAACUCAGCCUGUUCCCUAUCUCCCAGCUUCGCUUCUGAAUGUGCAGGACCAUGCAGUGGCUCCUUUUUCCCACCAUCUUCAUCAUCCCUUCUACGCAACAGCCCACUAAAGAAGCCUGGAGAAAAACCUUCAGGGACCAGUGAAGUCCACCAGCGCAAGGAGGUCUGUCACUGGCCAUGCAGAUGCCCACCAGUGCCAACCUGCACCCCUGGGGUCAGCUUGGUGAAGGAUGGUUGUGGCUGCUGCAAGGUCUGUGCCAAGCAGGCAGGGGAGACCUGCAAUGAAGCUGACAUCUGUGAUCCCCACAAAGACCUCUACUGCAACUACUCAGAAGAUGAGCCUAGGUAUGAAACAGGCGUGUGUGCAUAUCUGGUAGCCGUAGGCUGCGAGCUGAGUGGAGUUUAUUAUCUUAACGGGCAGUCCUUCCAACCUAACCCACUCUAUAAGUGCCUGUGUAUCAGUGGUGCAAUCGGAUGUACACCUGUGUUCACACCAAGGUUAGCAGCAAGUCCCUGCACCAGGGUCACGGGCAGAAAGAAGCCUGGACAAUCCACCUGCAGCCCGGGACAGCACAAGCAGCUUCAAUCAACAAACUACAGACUGAUGCCAGUUUACAGAAGCUUACCACUAGUAUUGAAGCAAAAGUGCCUAGUACAGGCAACUCCCUGGACACCCUGUUCCAGGACCUGUGGCAUUGGCAUAUCCAGCAGAGUCACCAAUGAAAACAGAAAAUGUGAAAUGAGAAAGGAAAAGAGAUUGUGCUUCAUCCAGCCCUGUCUGACCAAUGUACUGAAGGCAAUAAAGAUUCCAAAAGGAAAAACAUGUCAACCAACAUUCCAGCUUCCUACAGCAGAGAAACUCUCUUUUUCUGGAUGCUCAACUGCUCAAAGCUACAAACUAACUUUCUGUGGGGUGUGCUCAGACAAGAGGUGCUGCAUACCUAACAAGUCCAAAAUGAUCACUGUACAGUUUGAGUGUCCCAAUGAGGGCUCCUUUAAGUGGAAGCUGAUGUGGAUAACAUCUUGUGUAUGUCAAAGGAUCUGCACUGCUCCAGGAGAUAUAUUUUCUGAACUCAAAGUUUUAUGACAAAUGACACCAUUGUCUGUAACACAGAGGCUGCAGGAGCACAUUCACACCCUGGUGAGCUACCACAACCCCCUUCCACAGCAAUGUUUAUGGUAAAACUAAACAAUUAAUACUCAGAGAUGUAAAGAGCACCUGGGAAAUGGUAGUAAGAGAGCAUCUUCUUACCUGCAAUUGGUUUAACACGUGGAAACGUGUUCUUGAGAAUAUUGUCAAGACAAGAACUUUUGGUAACCCAAAAAGGCACAGCAAGGCAGCUUUGCACCCCAUUGUAACAAGUCCUUGCCCACAAAGACAUGGAAAUUCACAGAUGCUCUGACUAACCUACUAGAAAAAAGAAAACAACCCUGCAAGACUUAGUCUGUAAGUCUUGAUUAACAGGAAUUGCAGAUAAAUCAAAUCAACAUUUUCUCCUCUCUAUCUGCAAUAGUAAAACACAGCAAUGCUGUUUCAAGCAGAAGUCAACUUUGAGCUCAGAUUGAUUUUUGCAGCAGAUAAUCUUUCUCUAGUGUGAAUAUAAACAAGACACUGGUAAAGGAAGAGAUAAGUGGGCAUCUGCAGAUAAGAGAUGUAACAUUUCAAAGAAGUGACUAUUUUUAGAAGGCUUGGAAAAAACCAAACAAGCUCUCACCAAGUGUUACCACAAUGCUUUAUCAAACACUUCUGGACUUGUACACUGAAAAUUGUGCUUACUUGUAUACCUGACUCCAGCUCUGCUAGAAGGAUUUACAGCCUUAAGAAAUUAUUGUAUUGAUCCAUUCUGGUUUGUAACAGUUCACUGCUAUUGCUGUCCUGAGACAGGCAAGGAUCUGGAAACAGCAGCACAUUCUCUUGUGUAGAAGUUCUUACUGUAAUAUAAAACUCUACUUACCCUGGUAAUUAUAAAUAAUAAACCAUCUCUCUUGCUUGCAUUCUUUUAAGCAUGCAAACUUUGUUCUCCAAACAGCCAUUAUAACUUCACUGUAAGUGUAUGUUUUGCUCAGAGGUAUAUUGUAUUAUCAAGUGCAACUCAUCAUUCUUGGCCAUGAAUCAUUAAAAUGGUAAUUAAUACUCCAAGUACCAUACUUGAAAUAAAAUGGUGUUGAAUUUUCUGAUAUUGCUAAUAUUGAUAUAAACUCAGAAUGCUCCACUAUAAGUACAACAUGGAAGCAAAAUUAAGCCUACAAGCACAACUUAGAGCACUCUGGAAUGGCUACUAUCCUGAAGAAUUUAAGAAAUCAAUUUCAUUAGAGCCUUGCUUUCAUCUUUGAGAACUGUGUGCUUUUCUUCUCUUCACAGUGGCUUGUUAAAAAACCAACCUAGCAACAGUGACCCUUCUUUGAAGCAAGGUCUACUUUUAGUUUGAUGCCAGCUCAAAGGCUAAGAAAGAAGUGACAGUUUUGGCUGCCACAAGCUCUUUCUUGACAGCACAUAGUAUGGUAAUUUACUGUACAGUUAGAAAGAUUUCAAGUUACCUUAUGGUGGCAAUCUUACAGGCUGGGCCUGUCCUCUCAGAGCUGAGGAAGCUGCUGUCCCAGGCUUCCUUUGGAAUUACAAUAUGCUGCAGCUCACUCUGCUUAAACUGAAGUGGUUGGAUGCUUGGGGGAGAUGUCAAAAAAUAAACUGGUUCUUCCUUUUUUACACAA